AUUUUAGUCAACUUGUCAAUAAUUUGGAGAAGUAAUUAAUUUAUUUAGAAAAAUUGGACCGAAAUAGACAUGUUCCUUAAAACUUUCAAAUUGAAAAGUAAUGCACCACUUAAAGCUUCGGAAGCUAAAAAAUUACGAGCUCGUCUAUUAACAGAAUACCCUGACGCAAAUUCGGAAGUUUUAAUACCGCCGAAAUCGAAUGUUACGACGUUAAAAAUAGUAACUUGUGGUGAAAUACAGACGUCUGUUUAUUGUGUGGACAAAUUGCCUAUUUUCUUUGAAAAUGAAGAAAAAAAGCUUGUGCCAACAAUAUACGCGCUUUGGAAAGUGCCGGAUUUAUUACCAUACUUUACUACUCAUCCGGCAGUUCUGCCCAAACUAAACAAUGGUGCCGAUUUGAUGCUGCCAGGAGUAGUAACUCAUGGGAAAGGUGGUAUGUACGUUUACGGUCACUACAAAAAAGGUCAAUUGGUUGCUGUAAAUCUAACGUCCAACAAACAUGCUGUUGGCGUUGGCGUUUUACCUCGUUCGAGCGAAGAUUUAUACAUGUGCGGUGGGCAUGGUGUCGCCGUUAAAAUGUUACAUUUGUUUGGUGAUAAAUUAUGGGGUAUCGAACCACAACUAGCUCAACAAGUACCAGAAUUUAAGACUACGUUGUCAGAGGAUGACUUUCCUGAAUUAGGAAAAACACCAAAGCUAAAGAGAAACGAAGAGCAAAAGCUUGAAACCCAAAUGAACGAAAACGUUGUGCUUGAUCGAUUUGAAGACCUGAGUAUUAAAAGUGAAACUUUGCAAGAAACAUCAGAGGAUUCAGUGAUCGAUAAUAAAGAGAACCUUGUCGGAAACGAAGUGAAUAUAACAGACAACGAUAAUACAAAUGAUGUUACCAGCCCAGAGCAAAUACUGAAGAACGCAUUUCUAUCAGCAUUAAAGAACCAUGGCAAAGCUUUACAACUGCCAUUGCUAACUAGCAAUUUUUAUCGUCUUUAUGUCGUACCUGAAGCUCAAGAAGCCAUAGACAUAAAGAAAACGAAAUACAAAAAGUUAUCGAAUUUUCUCAAUGAAAUGAUUGAAGAAGGCUUUAUAGUUGUAAAGGAGGAAACCAAGGGUGUUGACAAAAUAACAUAUGUUGAUUUGGAACACCCUGAGUUGGUUAAUUUUAUUACAGAUUAUAAAAAACCGACAGCUAACAGUGACGGAACCAUGGAAAAUUCCUUAUUCCAUUCCGAAUUAAUGGAGUUGUAUACAGUAACUGACUCGACGGCUCCAUUUUUCACAAAAAUUAACUACAAACGAGGAGAAGGGAUACCAGCAUCUAAAAUAAAAAAAGUUAUUCGCGAAUAUCUAAAUGUACACAAUUUGCCACUGUCAAAAGACUCUACUGCGGAGCCAAAGUCAUACGAGCUAGACGAAUGCUUACAAUCGAUAUGUAAAACGAAGACUGCAACAUUAUCCAACAUCAUUGCUCUCAUUACAUCACAAAUGCAGCAUUCUUACCAAAUGUGUACAGUAACGAACGUGUCGAGCAAUAAACCUAUGAUUCAAAUGUCUUUAGCAACUCGAUCGGGGAACAAGAAAGUGACGUUGGUUAGUAAUUUAGAGGCUUAUGGAAUAAUAUUGCCAGAGUUUGUGAAAUUGUGCAAACAGGGAGCAGCUGCCAGCACAACAAUUGUAUCCCUUCCUAACCAGAAGGGGGAUAUGCUACAGAUACAAGGGAACCAAGUCAGAUUUAUUUACAAUUUGCUCACAGAGAAAUACAAAAUACCAACAAAAAAUAUUUUGGGCCUAGAAUUAGCUAAAGAUGGUAAAAAGCACAAGAAGAAAUAAAAAAAUAAAUAAUUACAUGACAAUUA